GGGGCGGGGUUAUUAUUACUAUUUUUUUUUUUUAUUCACGCUGCCAACACUGGAUUUAGUAUUCUCGAGAAUCACAUCUGAUUACUGAUUUAGGUGUUGUUUUAUAAACCAACGUGUUGUGUUAUUAUCGUAAUUUCCUGAAGAGCUCACGACUGUUUACGUUUGUUCAGAACUCUGAAGCUAAGCUAAGCUAAGCUAACUGUACACAGUGUUGUGUUUGUGAUAUGAACUGCUCAAUAGUCUGAUUUUGAGGAUGUACACUUUAUUAUCGGGUCUCUACAAAUAUGUAUUUCAAAAGGACGAGUACUGCAUCCUGAUCCUGGGUCUGGACAAUGCGGGAAAAACCACAUUUCUGGAACAAACAAAAACCAAAUUCAGCAGAAACUACAAGGGCAUGAACCUUUCGAAGAUCACGACUACAGUCGGUCUGAACAUUGGCACCAUUGAUUUGGGAAAAGCUCGUCUGAUGUUUUGGGAUCUUGGAGGACAAGAAGAACUCCAGUCUUUAUGGGAUAAGUACUAUGCAGAAUCUCAUGGUGUCAUCUACGUCAUCGACUCCACCGAUGAGGAGCGAUUGAACGAGUCAAAGAACGCUUUCGAGAAGAUGAUCAGCAGUGAAGUUUUGGAAGGAGUUCCUCUUCUCGUGCUGGCCAACAAACAGGACGUCGAGAACUGUCUGUCUGUGCCUGACAUCAAGACGGUUUUCAGCGACUGUGCUCCAAAAAUCGGUAAAAGAGACUGUCUGGUGCAGCCCUGCAGUGCUUUAUCAGGGCAGGGAGUGAACGACGGCAUUGAAUGGAUGGUCAAAUGUGUGAUCCGAAACAUUCACCGGCCUCCCAGACAGAAAGACAUCACAUAGAGCGGCUCCGUUGUGUGUGUGUGUGUGUGUGUGUGUGUUUUCUGUAAAUUCAGAGAGUGGAUGCAGUUAUCAUACCACAUGUAAGUUAUGAUAUAAUAUUUGGUUGAUGCUGCAGACAUUGUAAAUAUACAUUACUGUGCUAAACUGA